GAUGACCCGAUGGAACAGUUCAUGGAAGUUCAGAAAACUUCAGAAACAAAUAAGAUGGAAAAUUUAGUUCGGAGUAUAAAUAAAAAGUUGACAGAUCCCAAUCAGUGCGGUAUUUGCAUGCGAACGCUGAGUUGCAAGAGCGCCCUUCAGAUGCACUACAGAACACACACAGGCGAACGACCUUUCAGAUGCAAGAUAUGUGGCCGAGCGUUCACGACCAAAGGCAACUUAAAAACCCACAUGGGGGUGCACAGAGCCAAGCCCCCAGUCCGAAUGCUCCAUCAAUGUCCAAUUUGUCACAAACAGUUUACAAAUGCACUGGUGUUGCAACAACAUGUGAGGAUGCACUCUAGUGCCGACACU